AUGGACGUCGAUUUAAAUGAAGAUCUUCUACCUGAAGGUUGUUUAGAGAACGUACUCUGCCAGGAAAGUUUGAAAUGGGUUUUCGUCGGUGGCAAAGGAGGUGGUGGUAAAACUACUGUCAGUUGUAGUAUGGCCAUUCAAUUUUCUCUAGUCCGUGAAACAGUACUACUAUUAUCAGUUGAUCCAGCACACAACAUAUCUGACGCUUUUGGACAAUGUUUCACCAAAACCCCUACUAAAGUCGAAGGUUUCGAAAAUUUAUUUGCCAUGGAAGUAGACACUGAUAACGAUGAAAACCAAUCUUUAUUUGAACCUGAGGAUGGAUCUAAAACAGUACAGUUAGGUAACAAUAUUGUGAAAAUCAUUUCAUCACUAUUUCCAGGUAUUGAUGAUACAAUGAGAUAUGCUAAAAUAAUAAAGUUGAUUAAGACUAUGGACUUUUCAGUUAUUGUAAUUGAUACAGCUUCUACAGGACAUACUUUAAGACUACUGUCAUUCCCUUCGAUGAUGGAAAAAGCUUUAGGAAACAUUUUGGAACUUAAAAGUACAAUAGGCCGUUACCUAAGUCAGAUACCUAUGUUUUUUGAACCUGGUUUUUAUCUAGAGGAUAUUGUACAGAAAAUUGUUGAACUAUUGGAUUACAUUAAAACUUUUAAUCAACAAUUAAAAAAUCAUGAAAAAACCACAUUUAUUUGUGUGUGUAUUGCUGAAUUUUUGUCAUUGUAUGAAACGGAAAGGCUUUUCCAAGAAUUAAACAAAAAUGAAAUUGACUGCCAUAAUAUUGUUGUUAAUCAAUUAUACUCAAACAAUGGAGAAUCCGAUCCCAAUUGUAAAAAGUGUUCUUCCAGAAAGGAAUUACAGCUCACCUAUCUAGAACAGAUAAAGGAUUUGUAUCUUAAUUGCCAUGUUACUAAGCUUCCAUUGUUAGAAAAAGAAGUACGAGGUGUUUCUGAUUUAAAAGAAUUUGCUAACUAUUUAAAACACCCAAAUUAUGUUAACCCUAAAAGCGAAUAA